AUGGCUUAUGUUAAGAUUUAUAUUCGCUCAACGGAUGUAAACCGAACAAUCAUAUCUGCGAUGUCGAAUAUUCUUGGUAUGUAUGGGCAGAAUACUGGCGCCAGUGUUCCCGGUGAAGACUACCCUGACGAGGCAGGAUGGCCUCCCGGAUAUGUUCCUGUCGCUAUUCAUACAGUUGAUGACGAUACCGACUAUAUCGCUAAUCCAGAUGCGGACUGUCCUCGUCAAGAUCAAUUGUGGGAAAUGGCAAAACAAUCUCCCGAGCUGCAAACGUUCCAAAAUCGAUCUGACGUUAGUUUUGAAACAAACUGA